UCCUUGAUAAUAACGUAAUCACCGAGUAACCCGGAAGCAAAAUCUUUUCUCCACAAUUCCUAGGCUUCUGUGACCUAAGCAUCAUGGCAGCGAGGGCACCAGUGUCAACAUCUGUUCGAUUAUUGGACAGGCUCCGUAAAGCCUACUACAAUGCAGCAGGGUUCAACAAGCUAGGACUGGUGCGAGAUGAUACACUGUGUGAAGAUGAUGAUGUCAAAGAAGCAGUGCGGAGACUUCCAGAGAGGCUUUACAAUGACAGAGUGUUCCGCAUUAAGAGAGCAUUGGAUUUAUCUUUGAAGCAUCAGAUACUUCCAAAGGAUCAGUGGACAAAAUAUGAGGAGGAUGUGCCAUACCUAGAACCAUACCUGAAGGAAGUCAUCUGUGAAAGGAAGGAGAAGGCAGAAUGGGACAAGAAAUAAACUGACUACAUAUUUUUAUUUUGUUAUAUUUAAUAUGAGUGGACUACAAUAUUUUAAAUAUGCACCUUUUUUGCAGCUCAGAUGAGUCCUCUUAUGAAUGAAAGCCUGAUUUCAGCCUAUUUGGAGAAGAACUGUAACUUACUGUCCUUGCAUAUAUGUAUAUUUGUGCAAAAAAGGUAUUAAAACUGCUGUUUCCUUGAAA